CUUGAUAUUAUACCACACUUCACUACAGGAUAAGAAACAUUUAUCGAUGUCUUAAGUCCUUCAAUGGAUCCAUAUUUCAGAAUUUUUGUUGUAUUUGGAAUUGUCUAGUUUUGCGUUGUAACUUCGACGUGAAUCUCGGAGUUUCGUCAUUGUUUCCUCAGAUCUCAGCAAACACCUUGUCUGUCACAUUCACCGAGCCCAAACCUGCAAGUAACCGUCAAGAUGUCGUACCGCGUUGAAAUUGCCAAACAAGGGCGUGCCGGGUGCCAGAACACGGCUUGCAAGGCAGAGGGUAUCAAGAUCCAGAAGGGCGAGUUCCGCUUCGGGACAUGGGUCGAGAUGGAGCACGGUGCAAGCUUUCGGUGGAAGCAUUGGGGAUGCGUGAGUGGGUUCCAGAUGCAGAAUCUGCGCGAGUUCCUGAAGCAGGGAGAUCCGGAUGGAGAGUACCAGUGGGAUUUUAUGGAUGGACUUAAUGAGGUGCCAGAGGAGUAUCAGGAGAAGCUGAAGACAGCUGUUAUCAAGGGGAAGAUUGCGGAUGAGGAUUGGAAGGGGGAUCCUGCGUAUAACGAGCUCGGACAGAAGGGCACGCAGCCCAGAGCUAAGAAGGCCAAGAAACCUGCAGAGGGUGAAGAUGAGGACGCCGACGGUGCAGCUUCUGCUCCUACUCCCAAGAAGCGCCGUCGCGGCAAGAAAGCUGAAGACAGCGACGAGGAGGACGCGAAGCCAGCCCCAAAACGCGCUAAGAAAGCGAAGAAGGAGGAAGCUGAGGCUGACUCUAAACCUGCGCCUAAGAAAGAGCCUGUGCUCAAGAAAGAACGUCGUAAGCGUGCCACGAGUAAAGAGGACUCUGAUGAGGAUGAGGUGAUGCCGACCCGAACAUCUCGGUCUAGGAGGAGUACCAAGAAGGAGGAAUCUGCAGAUGAAUUGGGGAUUGAAGAUGAGGCGAAGCUUUCUGUUGAGGAUAAGCCAGCGAAGAAGUCACGCGCCAAAAAGGUCAAGCAAGAGGCUGUCAAUGAGAACGGCGCUGCUGUUGAGGACGAAGUGCGAAAUGGUCGUGCUAAUGGUACCAAGCAAGAGCUGAAGGAGGAGCUGGCGGGUAUUAAACCGGAGCCAGAGGAAGACGGUGUUGUGGACAUGCCUGAUAAAGCCACUAAACCCCGUGCGAAGAAGGCCAAGCGCGAGUCUAUCAAGAAAGAAGAGCGCGACGACUCAGCCGUUGCUUCUCAAGUGAAGAAUGAAGAUGAGGAUGUGGUGGAUCUUAAACCAAAGCGGGAAAGACGAGUCAAGAAGGAGGAAGCCCCGGAAGUGAAUACUGAGGACGUCGAUGGUCAUGCUGAGGCGGAGGAAGAAGAGAUGCGUGGGAAGAAGAGGGCGAAGGCUGAGCUGACUGAGGAGGUUAGUCGGUGCGAGGACGCGAACAAGACGUAGCAGGGGUUAGAUGGCUUUGGAGGGCUUGAGGGGGUGGGGUUGGAUUGAGAUGGAUAGGGAUGGUGACGAUGGUAUACUUACAUGGAUGGAGCCGUCUCCAGCCCCCCAAAAGCCAAAACCACAGAAACCGCCCAAAAUAGGCAAAAAUUACAAAAAAAUUAAUGCUCCGGAUCAUUUACAGCCGGAGCGUUAACUUGAGCGGGGGGCCCGCUUGUCUUAAAGGCGCCCCUCCAACACGUGGUUCUUCCCCCUGAGCCACCUGGUAUUUUUGUUAGGGGGGGGACUGGUAUUUGGGGGUAUAUGGCUUGGUUGUGUCAGGACGGGAGUGGGGGUUGGUUUUAUAUUAGGUAUUCCUAAUUCAUAUUGCUAGAUUUUUGCACUUUGAUAGUCGAAGACUGUGAUAGGUCUACACAAGGUGUAUUGCCAACCGCACUCAUCUAUAGUUCGGACCGUCAGAUGCAUAUUCCUGGUUUACACAUCAACAGUCGUACGCCCUGAGCUGAGGGAAGUCUACUGUGUACAGUUUGGUUCCUCAUAUCUAAAGACGGUCUAGAUAUUCUACCCCAUCUACGUCACCUUAUUCAAUCUCCGUAACCUCUCUAAUAACUUCAU